AUGAGUACCUCUCUGCUUCCCUGCCUGUUGGUGAUUGUUCUGGCGGUUACUGUAUCCACGCAUCCGAUUGGAUUUAUGGUCAAGAGUCAUCUACUCGCUGCAUCGGCCAACUCAACUGAUACGGAGUGAGUUGGGAUACGUUCUGGGGGCUAAGGAUCUUUUGUCUAAUUACAGUUGCUCAACUGGAAACUGUACUUUCCCGCUCACCAAUUCAUCUGGAUCUCAACCUUCGUUCCAAGGAUCAGUUGUGAUCACAAUGCUCAGCUUCCUUGGGAUGCUCGUCAUAUAG